AUUACAACCGAUGGUGACAAGUCUUCGCUGACAAUCGACAAAGCCGAACCGUCCCACAGCGGAAAACUUACCGUAGUCACUGUCAACGAAGCUGGUACGGUAGAGUCAUCGUCACAGAUUACGGUUACUCCCAAAUCCACUGCUCCACAGAUUACCGAAGGACCGAAGAGUGUAACCAUCUCGGAGAAGGAAACCGCCGAAUUCAAGGUCAAGGUCAACGGUUAUCCCGAACCAGACGUUAAAUGGCUAAUCAACGAUAAAGUGGUCGAAGAAAGCAGCACUGUGAAGACGUGCCGAUUCGAAAGCGAAUACUCUCUCCGAAUCACCGAAGCUACCUACCAGUUCCAGCGGUACGGUCGAACAAGCAUUGGUCCCACCAACAUUCAAGAGUCAAGUUCACAUCACAAGAACGUCAAGGAGAACGAGCAGUUACAACUUUCCGUGACUCUCGACACUCCUCAGCCAAACACCACCGUCACGUGGUACGUCAACGGCAAGGAAAUGCAAGAAUCUCCAGAUGUUAAGAUCGUCGUUGAAAAAGGAACAAACAAGCCCGAAUUCACUAAGACACCUCAAAAUCACGACGUGUACACCGAUGAGGAUAGCGUGAAGUUUAGCGCUAUAGUGACCGGAGUGCCCACUCCUAAGAUCACAUGGUAUCUCAACGACAAGAAGAUAGAAAGCAGCGAAGAAAUCAAGGUGAAAUUCGAGGAAGAGACUGGAAAGACGUCAAUACGUAUCUACAAGCCUCAAAUCUCACAAAGCGGUACGGUUCGAGUAACUGCUGAGAAUAGCGCUGGAAGUGCAGAGGCUAAAGCUACGCUGAAGGUUGACCGAAGAGCAGAAGUGCCGAAGUUCACGAGCAACUUGGACGAUCGUCAAGUUAAAGAAGGUGACACCGUCAAGUACACAUCAACCGUUGAAGGAUAUCCAGAACCGACUGUAGAAUGGCUGCUCAAUGGCGAACCAGUCAGCAAACACGCGUAA